AUGAUGGUCGCUCAGGGUCGUCGAUUUGGAUUGAGUGUUGGUGACGCGCUCCACGGCGAAGUCGUUGUUGUUGACGAUCGACAGCCAGAAAGUCAAGAAGUCAAGCUGUCGCCCAUCGAUCCCUCUCUUGAAAGCAACCCUGUACCGAGAGUGCUCGACCUUGCUACAUCCUCAAUUGGCUCUGGAGCGGCAACAGAUGCUAGCUCGACCUUCACCUCGGCAGCAGAACUCGCACAAGCCCUUGGAUCAUCUCCUGAAGAACUCUUGCAACUUAUCGAUAAAGUAGAUGAGCUCCAGGCCAUCCUGUGUGAGCCGGGAAGGCCAGAGGAUAAUGAGCGCACAGCCGAGCAAGAACAUGCCCUCGUGGAAGCGAUUCGAGAUCGGACCUGGGGAUUCUAUCUCUUUGUGACUGGCUACGAGGCCCAAGACCAGUCUUUGCUUCCAAGCGUCCUCGACAAGCUGGUGCGAUGCGUGCAUUUCAGUCUCCAGCGAGCUGCAGCAGAUUCACCCAGCCAUGCUGUUGCAGAUGAAGCAUGGCAGCGAUUUCGAUUAGACGUUGUUCAAGACUCAAAUAUCCUUUCGAACGCAUCAUUCGAUCGACUCCGCGCCGCAUUCGUUGCCUUCCUUCGGGCGAAGCGUCCAGAUUUCGGAGAGCAUGGCGUCAAUCUACCAAUGGGUCCCAGGAACAAUGUAUUCCUGGUUUUAGACUCCGAAGCUAUACGAGCGAUUUCGGGCUUCGAAGUGCCGGACGACUACACGGAAGACCAGGAGGAAACAUACGAGAAAAUGGAUCUGCGAAUACUCAAAGCAGUCAGUGGAGGAUGGGAGCGUCCUGAGAGAUCUCGCAGCUCGUACAGGGGUUGGCAUGCCGUGUCGCCAAUGGCCCUUCCUGAUCUGUUCCUCGAUCUCGGAGAUGGUGAUGUAUUUGUGUUGGAAGAUAUCUUCAAUGUCGAGCAAAUCGCGCAGCGGUCCGAGUUACCUUUGUAG